AUGGAGGGCAGGACGGAGCUCGAGUGCACCAUGGACGAGCAGGAAGUCAUUGUGCUCGACAUCGGCUCCGGCUCUAUCAAGGUGGGAUUCUCGGGCGAGGAUGCGCCACGGGCCGUGCUGCCGACGGUGGUCGCCACAACGACCGUGGACGAGGCCCGCGAGGACGAGCACGUGGGAGGCGACUCCGCGGCGCAGAAGCGGAGCCAGAACUUCUACGGCGACGAGGCGCUGCUCCAGGAGGCCGCUGCGGUCACGCGCCCAGUCCAGAGGGGCGAGAUCAAGCUGAAUGGCGCGCAUAAGGACGCACUGGAGGCGCUCUGGGAACACAUCUUCCGCAACGUGCUCGGCGUGGAGCAGGAGGAGCUCCCAGUGCUGAUCGCUGACUCGCUCCCCCUCGGCCAGGCCGCGUACCCUUCCAGACAGUGGGUCACCGAGGUGAUGUUCGAGAAGUUGAAGGUGAAGUCCCUCGCCAUCUUCAACACCGCGGUGCUCAGCCUCUUCUCCACUGGGCGCACCCGCGGCCUGGUCGUCGAGAGCGGCGAGGGCUUGACCCAGGCCGUCCCGGUGUUCGAGGGCUUCGCGAUACCACACGCGAUCUUCAAGAUGGAAGUCGCGGGUCAAGACAUCACUUCCAAGGUGCAGAAGAUGAUGGAGGGAGCCGACGGCCAGGAAUUCGCGGGAAGCUUCACCACUAUGCAGGCGCUGAAGGAGAAGGUCUGCUCCGUGGCGCUGGACGGCAGGGCGGCAUCAAAGGCCCGCCGCUGCGAGGAGUCCAGAUCCUUCGAGCUUCCGGACGGGAAGAUCAUCCGGGUGAAUCAGCAGAUCCGCCUUGGUGCUCCUGAAGUGCUAUUCGGCGGCGGCGACCCGAAUGCGCCCACCGUGCAGAAGAUCUGCAUGGAGGCGAUUAACACCUGCGACCUGGACUUCCGCCAGGACCUGGUCCGCAGUCUCGUCGUCGCAGGCGGCACAACCAUGCUUCCAGGCCUCGCGCCGCGGCUGAAGCGGGAGCUGGGCCGUCUGCUGCCGAGCGACCUGUCCCGACAGGUGGACCCCUGUGUGGACUCGCAGAGGCGCUACGCCGCCUGGAUCGGCGGGUCCAUGUUCGCGUCCCUGUCGACGUUCGACCAGGUGGCGAUCUCGAAGCAGGAGUACGAGGAGGGCAAGACGGACAUCCGGAGCCUUGUGGCGCGCAAGACCUUCUGA